AAAACAGGGCUACUUCUCUUUUCCUUCUCACCAACAAACCUGCAACUCACAAAAACACAUGUAUUAGCCGCCAAUCCCAUCCAAAAUAAAAAAAAAACCAAAAAAAUGUCAAAAUCCUCUUCAGUAGAUCAAAAUCUACUCGGUGACCGGAAUGACCUUCGGGCACCGCUUAUUCCGUCGGCUGGUGCCGGAUAUUUAAAACAAAAAAAAGUAACAAUGGAUCAAAUGUUGGAAAAAUACUGCGGCGAUUUUGGUUGGUGGCAAUUUAGUCAUUUUGUAUUAACGAGCUUUGCGUGGGCUCUAGAAGGAAUUCACACUAUGGUUAUGAUUUUCGCCGAUCGUGAACCGGCUUGGCGGUGUUCGCCGAACCGGUUGUGCGAUUCAACCGCGAAAAGUGUGUGCGGGCUUGAACCGGGUUCAUGGGAAUGGACCGGUGGAGCUGCAAGUUCUACGGUAUCAGAGUUUGGUUUAAUUUGUGGACAGAAAUAUAAAGUUGGACUUGUCCAAUCCUUAUUUUUCGCUGCCUGCAUGAUCGGUGCUGGAGUAUUUGGACAUUUAUCAGAUUCCAAAUUGGGAAGAAAAGGCUCUUUAACUAUAGUUUGCAUUAUGAAUGCAAUCUUUGGUUGUUUGACUGCAACUUCUUCGGAUUAUUGGACUUAUACCUUAUUCCGUUUUCUCUCCGGUUUCAGCACCGGCGGGACUGGCCUUUGCGCGUUCGUUCUUGCCACUGAACCCGUAGGCCAGUCCUGGCGUGGUGUAGCUGGAAUGUCCACUUUUUAUUUCUUCUCUAUUGGAAUUGCUGCCUUAUCCGCCAUUGCAUAUUUCUUCCAAACGUGGCGAUCACUCUACAUAGCUUCAUCAAUUCCAUCAGUUAUAUUUGUUAUCUUACUACUCCCUUUCAUUCACGAGUCACCUCGUUGGUGUCUCGUGAGGGGGAAAAUUGACGAAGCUAUGAAGAUCAUGAACAGAAUUGCUAGAUCUAACGGUAAACAUCUCCCUGAUGACGUUGUUGUUGCUCUAGAUAGUGAAGUGAAUGAUGAUGUUCCUGAUUCUCAAUCCGUAUCAAAAGAAGCCCUAAACGGAUCCUUAUUAGAUGUACUCAGGCUUCCUUUGACACGAUUUCGGUUAUUCUUAGCUGUGCUGAUCAACUUCCUUUGCUCGGUUGUUUACUACGGGUUGAGCCUGAAUGCUGUAAACCUCGGGACCAACCUCUACCUCAACGUUGCCCUUAACGCGGUUGCUGAAAUGCCUGCCUAUUUUUUAACAGCAUUAGUGUUGGACAAGCUUGGUAGAAAGCCGUUAGCGAUAGGAACAAUGUGGUUCAGCGGUAUAUUCUGUUUAGCUGGAAGUUUGGCGAAGGGUGAUGAUCGUACGUGGAAGUUGGUUCGGAUGGUGUGUGGCGUGCUAGGUAUAUUUGGCAUGGCGGGGACUUACAAUCUACUAUUCGUGUAUUCGAUGGAGUUGUUUCCUACCGUGGUGAGAAAUGCUGCGUUGGGAUGUGCAACGCAGGCGUCACAAAUGGGGGCCAUUUUGGCCCCCUUUGUAGUUGUUUUAGGGGGUGGGAUUCCAUUUGCUGUGUUUGCAUUUUGUGGAAUUGCAGGAGGCUUAUUGGUAAUUUACUUGCCAGAGACUUUAAACAGGCCAUUAUAUGAUACAAUGGCUGGAAUGGAAGAAGCUGAAGCAAAGAAACCAAGCAUUUUAUCUUAAUUUGCUAGUUUUUUGAGAACUUUUUUUGUGUGUACUUUUAGUUGUUGAAUGUAAUUUUGGGUUGGAUUGUAGUGCUAAGAGUUGAUCUUAUGUUAGGUUGUCAUAAGGCAUAUGCCUGGUCAUAACAAGGUAAGCAUGAAAUUGUGCUCUAUGGUGAGUGGUGGAGAAGGAUAGAGGAUGGUCAGAUAAAUAUCUUUUCGAAAAAAUUAUAUAAUAUAUUAUAAAAAGUAACAUUCACCAUGUUA